GCGAAGCCUCCAGCUAAAGUUACUGAUGUGACUAAAGACUUAAGAGAUGGGCAAAUACUUCUUACUCUUAUGGAAGUACUCUUUGGAGUUAAAGCACCAGAGCUGAACCAACGUCCAAACGGAUCAACCAGAUAAAAAACGUCCAAGAAGCCAUGAGUAUUCUUCUGCAAAACAAUGUAUGUAAACCAGUGUCAGAUAUAGUAACUACAAAAGGCUACAGAAAGGCAACCACCCUGGUAAAAGGAGAAAUUUUACUGCAAUUCGUUGCAUCCAUUUUGGAAUCACUGGUGAUCAAUGCAAUCUGAUUGGCUUUUCGUAUGAUAAUAAUAUCAUAACAGUAACAAUAAUAAUAAUAAUAAUAAUAAUAAUAAUAAUAAUGAUAAUUUAUAAGGCGCAAAAUAGCAUUUAAAUAUAUGAUCUAAUGCGCACUAACAACCAAAGAAAAAGAAAAAAAAAGGCAAACAAAUAAAUUAAAAAAAUUAAAAUAAAUAACAAAUAAAAAAUAAUUAAAAUUGGAAUAUUGUAUAAAAUUAUACUUAAAAUUUCCUAAAAAAAACCCUAAAAAUUUGGUAUAAAUCUCUUUAUAUACACAAUUUAAAAGGCAAUUAUAAGAUUCGAUUAUAAAAUGUAUUGAAACUAAGAAAUUCAAAUUAUGUUAAAAACGUUAAUUGAUAAGUCAUUCAUGAGUCGUAAAUCUAUUAAUCAUAGGCUUCUUUAAAAAGUAAAGUUUUUGGUUUGGCUUUAAAGGGAACCUCCACUUCAACAAAAAGAUAACUUUAAAUCACAGGAAAUAAAUGUUACAGUCAAGUCAAUCUAAAAUAUUUUUAAAGAAAGCGUUUGUAUCCGAAAGAAAUAACUUUUAGAUUCGCCUCUUUUUGUUUUCAAAUUUUGCGGGCGUCGCCAUCUUGAAUAAUUGUGACGUGUAAUGGUUGCCCUAUUGUUAUUAAACAAAAGCUCUUUGUGUCAGAACAACAGAGCAACCAUUACACGUCACAAUUAGUCAAGAUGGCGGCGCCCGCGAAAUUUGAAAGUGAAAAUAAGCGAUUUUAAAAUUCACUUUUCCUGAUAUAAACACUUUUUUAAAGACAAAUUUCGAACAAAUUUGUUUAUCAACAUAAUUUUAUUCGAUUUAAACUUAUUCUGUAGUAAGAGUGGAGGUUCCCUUUAAAAGGCUUCAAGCUUGUUUCCAUCCUUAAUGCACUUGGAAGUUUGUUCCAUAGAGUCGGCGAAGCCAAUUGGAAAGUCCUGUCGCCUAAGGUCAUUUUAGACUUGAACGUCGGUGGAGCCAGUAACAGUUCAUCAUUUGACAUAAGGUGGUAGGAGGACUAAUCUCCUUGACUUCGAGUAAAUCAGAGGCACCCAACGAGAAUAUAGUUCAAAACCACUUAAACGAAGCAUUGUUAAACGUAUUUUGGUAUUUAAACGAUAGAUAUAGGCAUAUUUUUAUUACAUUAUAGGGAUCAAAACUUACCUUUUCGAAAAUUUCAGACAGAACAAAGGCUCCCGAAAAUUCUAGGUGACUUUUUAAGGGUAAAAAUCCCUUAAAAAUGGGCAAUUAUACUAUUUUUUAGAUCUUCGAAAAUCCUAGGAGAGGCGGGCAAGCAAGACAUUUUACAAUAAAUGUUCCGAAAAUUCUACUUUAAUUUAGAUCUCGAAUCGUUUUCCGAACAGGUAUUUUCCGAAAAUUGCCGUCGGGUUCCCCUGUUAAUUAAAUUUUGUAUAUAACAUGGAACCAGUCCAGGCAUGUAUUGCUUUAAACGUUAUAAGUAUCACCUUGAGUUUAAUCCUGAAACUUAUUAGUAACCAAUGCAACUGACGCAGUACAGGUGGAGUAUCUAUUAUUAACCUGGCAGCCAUAUUCUGAAGACGCCGUAGCUUAUUGAUAUUAUUUCUUAAGAGACCGUAGAGUAAGCUAUUACAGUAAUCUACGCGCCCCAUUACCAGUGCAUGAACCAAACGUCUGGUUGAAUUCAACGUUAAAUAUUCGCUCUGCAGAUAGUAGUAACCUGUACAGCAUGUUUUUGUAAUUUGAGCAUCAAACUUCAGAUUUCGAUCGAACAGAACUCCAAGAUUCCGUGCAGUACUAGCAGGAGCAACGCUGAUGUCACCAACUGACAAUUCUGACAUGUUGUGAGCGACUAGACAAAUAUGACCUCAGCCACUACAGUACUGUGCCCGUGAUUCCGAAGGACAUCUCGAGUCGGCGAAUCAUGAUGUCAUGAUCCAGGGUGUCAAAAGCUGAACUUAAAUCCGAAAGGACUAACAGCGUGACAUGCUGUCGAUUCGUGUUGUGAAAGAUAUCAUUGACAACUCUCAAGGGCGCUGUUUCAGUGCUAUGCUGCUUUCUAUAUGCUUUCUAUAUCCUUAUACAGGAUACAAGUCAUUGUCUUGCAAGUGUUCAUGUAACUGGUCAAAUACAGCUCUUUCUGUUACUUUGGAACAAAUUGGACUACUUAAUUGUCUUUCUAAAUCACAUCAUUUUUGCUCUAAAUCGCAUCAUUUCUGUUUCGCAUAAAAAGUGAGCUGUAAACUGAGCGCUCCCGGUUCCACUUCUCAACGAACCGGCUACUAGAUUAAUAAAAUAUUGGUACCGACCGAAGUUUUCGAUUUCAGAUUGGUUAUAAUACGCGUGAUUUUAAACCGAAUUCGCGCUGUGCACCAAUCACUCCUAUGAUUUCAGACCAAAUUGCACUCUACUCAGUUACCUCAAUUCAUCAAAUACUCACGUCGAUUAAUUGUUAUAACAAACUAUUGUGAAGGCACCAGUGCUCAUUUUUGUAUUUUGUGGUAAAUUAAAUGAGUAAAAAAAUUAUAAAACGAUCUUAAAAUUUGAAGGCUCCUUUUAUAUAAACAGAAAAACCGAGACCCAUUCGUUUCCACUGUAUGUGAAAUUACACGCCCAUUGAAUAGAUGGCCUUGCUUUCUCUUCUCCCAGGGGAUUUCGAACGUCAAUUACUCUACACAACCGGUGCUCAUACUUUAAACACCAGUAACUUCUUAUUUGAAUUUGAAGAUUCAAUCCAUUGCCACCAAAGCAUUUACACAUAUCGCACAUUACAUGUAAUGUAACGUCUCAAAGUUUUUUUUCACCCAUUCAGAAGGUGGAACACAGGCAGAAGUUUAAAAAAAAAUGGACUAAAUUUUCUUUUGUUGUUUCAUUUAUGACCUGCCCAAUGUUUUAUUCACAUGUUGGCAUUUAGUCGAUUUAGUACCAUAUUUACCCAAGCUCUACUUCAACUUAAUAAACCUUCAGUUUCACAUGACGCUUGGCCAUGCUGGUGUCCUGGGCCAGUCCUGUGGGAGUUAGCCUAGUUUCUUGCGUAAUCGCUUUCUCUCGGUCCAGUAGUCAAAAUGCUUUAUAUAGUUGUUAACAAUUUAUUAGUAGAGUACGCAUGUACUGAAUUGAAAUUUUGUGUUAUUUUUAGAUCAAAUCAUUUGGUGUAAUCGCAAGUGAGAUCACAGCCGGUGAUGAAAAGGCUAUUUUAUCUUUGCUCUGGCAAAUCAUCCGCUGGCGUCAGGUAUAACAUUACUUGAAUUUGUAUUUUUAAAAAACGUUUUACUGUGUAACAACUCUUUCCUUGGCCUCCAAUUUGCUUCUGCUUACUUCGCUCCAUGUAAGGGAAUCCAGAUUCCCGAUUCAGGGAAACUUUUGCUCGUGGAAUCCGGAAUACUGGGCUUUGCAAUCCGGAACACAUCUCAAGAAUUCCGGAAUCCCAUUAAAGAUAGGAAUCCAGAAUCCAAGUUCCUCUGGCAAAGACUGAAAUUCAGUGUCUUGAAUCUGGAACCCACGGCAUGGAAUCCAGAAUCCAAGACUGUCUUGGAUUCCCUUACAUGAUGAGCCCUACUGAUAAAGACCCAUUCAAUCUUCAUCUGCUGUUCUUUAAUUAUAUGAUCUUUUCUAUCAAGAUAACAGAGGUGAUAAAACCAGACCCCAUGGAUUAUGAUGAAGACAAGAAGCUGAUAACUUGGUGUCAAGAACGCAUCAAGGGGUUUGUACAGUGCUUCUAUAUCACGUUAACUGUAUCUAGUUAUUUGCUGUAUAUGUAUAUAUAGGUAGAGUAUGGUCGACCAGGUGAGCGUUGUACUGAAUGGUACUGUAGUUGACAGUGACUGACGUUUUGACAACCUGUGCGGUAGUCAUCUUCAGAGUCAAAGUGAGUUGUAUCACGUCCGAUCCUUUGAUGGUUAUUAACCUGGUUCGUCAAGUAAGUCACAAUUUUAUUGGUCGUCUGUCAGUUCAGCCGUAAUGUUAUUCGCUAUAAAGACUCUUAAUGUCAUGGUGGUGCGUUUCGAUCCGUCUAUUGUCACAGUUUAACAGUCGUUUAACUAAUACACGAGAUGUUUAAUAGCUCUUAGGUUAUCCUGUACACAGACGCUGUUUUGUUUUUCUUUUCUUUCUUUACCCUCUUGCGCUGGCAGUCAAUAAAUCCCCCGCGGUUUUUAUUUUUUAUCACGCGCGCUAGACGGACUUAGAAGAGAAAAUAAAGGGUCUGUGAACAGGCUACUCUCAAGUAAAGCUGUCCUAAUAUGGUUGUGUUACAUUGUUACAUGAACUAUUUGCUAAUCUACAUUAAAUUCUUUAGCCUUAUCUUAUGAAGCGUAAUACACACUAGUUAAAAUCAAUGUAAUUUACCGAUCAAGGUAGUGAUUUAGGUUUUCUAUUUCUAUUAUCAAUAACAGAAACAGCAAUGUGCACAUCAGUAACCUGACCACCGACUGGAAGGAUGGUUUGGCAUUCAACAUUCUUCUUCAUUCAUUCAAGUAAGUAAACACUGAAAAAGCUGAAAGAGCUCUUGAUCUCCUUACCACCUUAUCUCCAAUCAUCAUCGAAAACCAGCGAGGAAGCCGGAGCGACCAAUAGCUGAUUUUAAAAUUUUUUUUCACGUGACAUCAGAAUUCCUUUUUAGGUCAUCCUUGUCAUAAAAGCUUUGGCCCAUUUAGAGGAUUAAUCCGCAGCUGAGGCUGUCGAAAGUAUGUCCAUUCUAAGAAGUGAGCCACAGGUGUGCGUAAUAAAAUCAAUGGUUGUUCAUUCAAAAUAAUUUCCAUUUCUAAAUUGCUUCAAUCCCUCAGCUGAUUCUUCGUAACCUGUAAUAUACGGUAAAGUGACGUCAAUAGUGCUAAUAUCGUCCGAAAAAGAAACGUCAAGCGAGAAGCCCUAGGGACGAAGUUGUUAGCUCACACGAAUUGUCUCCAAACUGUCCAAAUGAGAUGCAGCUUCACCAUUUUUCACGACGCUAGUCUUACAACUUGGAAGGCUCCGUAUCGAACACACAAUUGGUAAUUCUUGUUUACAACUCGUACUCGCUGUCGCACGAGGUUUACUACUUGAAUCUAAUUUUCAAACUAAAACAUGUAGUAAAUAUGGACAGGUCUGGACACGACUGCCUCAAUCAUAAUCGGUGCGCAGUUUAUGUCAUAAGUCUAGACUGAUUAAAGAUUAAGUAGUAGAAUUUCAUGAGUGAAGGCGCGUUAUUUUGUUUGUUUGUUCUAUUUUUCCCAGUCCCUCUCUGUUUGAUCUUGACACGAUCAGUUCAAAGGACGAAAUGAGUCGUCGUGUGCAUGCGAUAAACCUGGCAACUACUGAAUAUGGCAUGCCAGCUAUUUUCGACCCUGAAGGUAAGAUUGGCAAUGGAGGUAUCUUUAGUUAAAUUCCGGAUAGAAGAAGGGUUUUUCCAUUUAUAAUACAUUAAGCUUUUCCGCGAAAACAUAUGUACGGAAGCAAUUUUAAUGAAUCGAUCUUCAGGGGCUAUUUUACAUGAUGUAUUUUUCGGAUUUUUCUUCGUUAAGCAUUUCAAAGUUUUGAUGUAAAGCAGGUUCUUCAAGUUUUUAAAUAGUCAGUACACAAAUACCAAUUUUACUCAAAGAACUCUUUCAAAGUAUAUAUUUUACGUGUGUUGUUAUUUCUUUGUGUAGAUUUUGACAAGGAUACUGCCGACAAGACUCUUAUUACGUUGUUCCUGUCAUAUUUGUAUGAAUUUGCGGCCAAAGGGAGCUCUGUUACGAUCGUGAAGAAGGAAGUAAUAAGUCCUUUCGAAACAUCACUGAUGACAGAGGUAACGCUAAUCCGCCUCAUUUAAAUUCCAGUGGGUAUUUAAAAAUGUUCGUAUCAAACCCAGAUGAAGGUCAAGAGGAAAAUAAUCACUGAGACUGUUAGUUUUUGUUUUACAGCAAGGAGCCCCAAAAUGUGACGCUUUUAAUUUAUUCGCAUUCUUUCGUGCAGAUUUAAUCCAAUCAAAAGCCAACUGGAAACUGUCCUCGACUUCUGGUUGGUUAAUGCCUUAACAAUAAUAACAAUAAUUUAUGAACUUAUUGUGCGCAGCUUAACGUGAGAAUGAUCAGCUGCGCAUUACAACUGCAUUACUUUACAAGAAUCAAAUAAAAGAUAAUGCAUUUAAAAAUAGAAUAAAAUGGCAAUAAAAAGAAUAUAAAGUUCUAAAAAGAUAAGUCUUAAUACGUGCGCUUUAAAACUGUUCACAUUAGUAAUCGCGCGAAGUUCUUUUGGAAGAGAGUUCCAGAGUGUUGGCCCUGCUACCAUAAAAGCUCUAUCACCUAACGACUUCGAUCGAACAGCUGGCAUGGAAAGUAAAAUGCUACCUGAAGAUCUAAGGUUAUAUAAGGACGAUUUAAAUGUUAGUAAAUCGCAUAGAUAUUUAGGAGUAAGGCCGUGAAUUGCUUUGAACGUAAUAAUCAGUAUCUUAAAUUGCAUCCGGGUUUAACAGGAAGCCAAUGCAGACCACAAAGAAGGGGUGAGAUGUGGCAAAACCUAGGGGCAUUAUAAAUUAGCCUGACUGAGGCAUUCAAAACUCUCUGCAAUUUGUUAAGCUGGUAGUUGGGCAGCCCAUACAGAAGACUGUUCAAAUAAUCAACACGAGAUGUAAUAAAUGCAUGGACAAGCAUUUCCGUUGAUUCUCGAGACAAAUACUUGCGAAUGCGUCUGAUAUUAUGCUAAUGGUAGAAGGCAACACCACAUAACUUGCUAAUAUGAGUUGACAUAGUCAUCCUCGGAGACCCAGGGACAGAUAGUGGGGGCGAGGGAAAGUCUAAACGGGCGGAAAAAUUAGGCGCGAAAGUAAAGAACGACGAGAAGAGCCCCUGGGGACAAUGUCUUACCAGACCAGUUCCAAACGGUGCCGCCGUUUUGGCUUCUGAUUGGUGCCAGAAAACUUGUUUAUAUUUUCCCGCCUCUUUAGACUUUCCCUCGCCCCCACUAUCUGCCCCUGGGUCUCCGAGGAUGUGACAUAGUGAGCUGCUCAUCAAACCAUGAGCCUAGGUUUCUAGCUACCGUCACAGGACAAACAUCAGUCGACCCAACCCUAAUGCAAUUGAUGUUAACCUUGGCCAGCUGUUGCCUAGUGCCUAUAAUUAAAAAUUCUGUUUUAUCAUCGUUUAACAUAAGAAUAUCUGAAAUCAUCCAACUCCUAAUGUCACUGAUACAGUCAGUCAUGGAUUUGAUGGUAAAAUCAGCAUCCGCAAAUCGAUUGGGGCAGAAUGAUACAUACAACUGUGUAUCGUCCGCGUAGCAUUGAACCUGUGGGAGGUGGCGUCCAACGAUCUGAAACAGUUUGUGCGUGUAGAUGGUGAAAAGCAAGGGGCCCAAAGAUGAUCCUUGAGGAACACAUUGUUUUAAAGGAAACUGAUCAGAGAGAGUGCCAUUUACAGAGACACGCUGGAACCGGUCAGAUAGAUACGAUUUAAACCAGGCAAGUGCAUUGUCAGUUAUUCCCAAAUCAGACUCAAGACGACCAAUCAGCUUAUCAUGAUGUAUCGUGUCAAGAAAUCGUGUCAUGACAUAAUGUGAAUUAAUUAAAGGAGGUCACACUUUUGGGCUCCUUGCUGUAAAAAACUUUUACUGAGUCUUUAUUUUCUUCAUCAAAAAAAUCGGAAAACUUCAAGUAAGUCAAACCCUGCAUUGACGCUGUACACACUGAAAGUCCCGCGUCAAAAUUGCUAUCUGGAACAAACUAAAACAGUCCUGUAGUUGCUAUCUUGGUAUUUUGAACUUCUAUCUUUAUUCAUUUAUUUCUUUUUUGAUUAAGUUAAGUAACAAAGCAAAAUCACAACUACUUUUCUUCUUUCCAUGGUCAAUAUCUAAUUGUGAUUACUCUUGGGCCAGGAAUAUGGUUUCAAGACAAUCACGACACGCCAUGAAACGUCGCGUUUAGGUAACACUACAGUUGACUUCAAAACAAUCACACGAGCUGGAGAAAAGGAUCAAGACGAUGCCUUCCACGACUUUAAACUAGACAAAGAAUCUGGACAAAAAACACUACUCCAUACUUCGGCUUUCCCUCAAGGCGUAAGUGUUGAGCAGGUAAGCACGUUACUUUUAGAUUUUGUGGCCGAACAAAACACAAACAUAAUUGAGUGAAAACUAUAUUACCUAGCUUAGUUGUAUAUGUUGUGGUUCAAAUUUUUCCUUGGUUUAAAAUUUUUCAAACCAGUUUAAUUUUUACUUUCCUUUGUCUAAAAUCAAUUACCAUAAUCAGAGACAAAGAAAAACACAAAUUAAACUGGUUUCAAAAAGAUUAGGGCGUCAUAACUCUUCUUACAAGAACUUGUUUUCUCUCCUUUUCACUUUCUCUUACUCUUUACAUACGCCCAUUUUUUUUCUACUAGUGGAAACACUCAGAUAGAGUGAAACUUCUUUUAAUUCUCUAGCUACGAGCAAAAAUAACAAAAAGAGUGAUGGCCAACCCAAUUAAGUAUGCCGUAAGAAUGUAGAAGUGAAAGCUUAUUGUUAUACUGUCACUUCAAAUAAAGCAUCAUCCUGUACUUUUUUCGUUUGCUUAUGCACUUGCAAACCCGUGCGUAUACUUUCAAGUUACUGAUACUUUUUAACAGACAGUCACUCCAUUUCUUUAAUCUUUUCAGAGAAGAUCUUUUGUUGUGUCUCCAUUUCGAAGGCAGUCAGGAGGCUCCUCCAGAGCUUCGAGUGGUGCAUCCAGCCCUAUAUCCAAAGAUUUAGACCCCAAGGUACAGUGCAGUGUAAAAUCUUGCUUGACAGAAUUACUUCAGUGCACGUGGGCUCUGAGCGAGUGGACGUGCGCUUUAAGCGAGCAGAGUUAUUGUAACUUUUUUCACUUUUCCUUCCCGCCUCGAUUAGCUAUAGGCUAUUUUGCGGGCAAGGAUCAAUUAUGGCAUGUAUCCAAAGCGUUUUAAUAACCUUGAACUUGAACCUGAACUCUUUGCUUCUCGUCUGCGGCAGUUAAUGUUACUCUUAUUUAUUAGUAGUUAUAGAUUAUUUGGAGGACAUUUGAAAAUCACUCCGUUUUUGUCAGUUAUAACAGAGAUAAACUUGUUUGCCGCCUACUUUUCUUCCAGGAACUGGAAUUGGAAAUUCACAAGUUAGCACGACCCCCUGAUACUUUAGGAGAGGGAAGUUACUCUGUUACACAAACCACGCGAAUUGUGACAAAUGGGAGUGAAAGGAGUUCUUCAACAACUACUCACCAGGUAUCUAUGUUUCGCUUUCAUGACCAGUUUAUUCAAAGGUGGUUUUACUUUCAAUUAUGUAUCAUUAAUUAGGGAUAUAAAAAAUAUUUUAAGACAUCAUAACGCUUAAAAAUUCCUGACCCUCCCUAUUUCAUUCCUUUAACCAAUUUUAUACCACUUCUUAUGUAGAACCUACAAGGUCUUUUACCUGAAAAUACGUAGAUGUUUAAGUCCAAAGAUAUUGCCACAUUUAUCAGUGACUCUGAGAUCCCUAAUACAGUAAAAACCUGCGUGUAAGGAUCUAGUGGUUUAAGAACCUGCUGGCAAAAAAUAUUUGCCAUUUUAAUACCCAAAAUAUAAGGACCUUUUUUUGCCAGGGUUAUCUGGGUUAAAGUUGAAUUAUGAUAAACGUUUACAAGGAGAUUGAAUUUGAGAUUUGAAAACUCAUAAUCAGAAAAUAGCAAAACAUAAGAGUAUUAAUAUGAUUGUCAUUCCUACAACAACAACAACAACAACAAAAAAGGUUACAUAAAGCACAUGGUGUAAACUACCUCAUGGACCCUGCAAAAAGGAGCUUGUUUGCAAUAUACAGUUGUGAAUAAAAUACUGUAUAUCUCAGGACCACACCCAAGUUUUCGUUUUUAACCCUAACCCAAAAUCCAUCUACUUCAUAGCAGAGAGAAGCGUGCACAGCGGUGCACCAUGGGUUAGAAAAUAUGGUUGUCUUUGAUCCGGGAAAUUUUGUUAGUGACUUGCUGUCACGUGACCGUACGCCCUUCCGUCUUCAUCACACUAACAUCAAUGUAAAAAAAAAAAAAAAAAAAAAACUACAUCAACAGGUAUGGCAACCCAAAUGCAAAUCGAGGUUUUUUGGCGCGAAAUCGCGUGACCAACCGCUCCUUGUGAAGCAGAGAUAAUUAAAGAGUCACUAAGACAAAACGGAAAGCGGAAAUUGUUUCUAUAUCCGUGUUGUCUAAAGUAUUAAGCUUAGAUUAAUUGUCAUAUCCUCAGAUUUGGAAUUUAGAGAAAGAGACAGACAGAGAAAACGAGAAAGUAGGCGACAGGCUAGCGAAACUCAACGAGAAAGAGAGCGACAUAGAGCUAGAGCGAGCGAUAAAAAGCAAAGGAGACGAAUUUAAGAAAAUAAGAAAUUCUAGCAGUCAGCAAGGUGAAAAACGAGCGGCACUGAAAAAAAAGGAAAAAAGAAUACAAGCAACAAAAUUUUUUGUCAGCACAUGCAACAUUUUUUUUCCAUAAAACGUGUAAUGAGGAAGUUUCACGUUGCAACAACAACGGAAAAGAAAUGUUAAACAAAGCUAGUGUGCUGCAUGUGCAAAGUUGUUGUUUGCUAAUUAGACUUAUUGUUUCUUUGGCCGUUCUCGUCGCCGUCACAGUUUAGUAUUACACGAUUUUAUUUUUUGAGUAAAUUAUCAGUAUAUUUAACGUGAAUUUCGCUUUUAUCCCUGGCUAUCAUCUUAUCGCACCCAAAACCCAAAAAGUAGAAGGGCAAAUCCCAAAGGAUAACAACCCCGUGAAUGAUAAUUAUAAAAAAUGCAAACUUCCUCUGUCUCUGAAGGUGUAUUCUAAUUUUUCUUCCAGGACCCUAAAGAGGACUUUCUUAAGUUAAAAUCGUCCUCACAGAUCUCAGGAGAAGAGACUAGCAGAUACACGGUGACUCGGACCAGAAGAAUUAUCACAAAUUCAGGAGGACAAGUUAGUUCCACUACUAAAGACGAGAAAAUUUCUUACUUUCUUAUCAGCCUCUAUAUAUACUAGAUUCGCUUUCUAUUAACGCCCACAGGAAGAAAUAAAACUAAUAAUACAUUAAACUAUUCAGAGUAACAUACUAAGGCCUAAAGAAUCAAGUUAGACGUACAACAGGCCAACUUAAUUCCGUUGUUAACUUCGUUAACCAAGUUCGAUCUCUUCGAUAUUUAAUUCGGCUUUGUAAAAAGAAUUUAUAGAAACAUUUGCCUCUGCUUGAGAUUAAAAUACCAAGCAGACCUUCAUUUCCAGAAUGUUUUGGUACCGUAGUUUAACUGAGAUGUUUCAAGGAAGCAUAACAAUAUGGUAUAAACUGUGUCAAUUUAGCCACACAAAUUUAAUACCUUACAUUUUCUAAUCAACAGACCCUACAAUCUUCAGCUGAAAAUUCCCAAACCGUCAUGAAAACAACAGAUGGUAGAGAUAAAUACAUUCUAGAUAAACAAGGAGAUGAAACGGAUGCCAAAUACAGAGUGACAUUGCAAGUUACACCUAUAAUAAGCAACAACAUAAAAGAAAGUCAGCAGACACUAUUUCCGAGGGAAGAUGAAAAUAAGCAGAAGGCUAAAACCACUGUUCACGCAAUAGAAGAGGUAAUGACAACUAACAAAGAGCGCAUGCCCGUAAGUGUUAAACGUGGUUAUGAUAAUGCGUUAUCCUUUUAUAUACUAGACUUUUUUGGCGCUUUAGUCAUGUUGUUACUUCCCUUUACUUUUGACUGAUAUCUUUGGUUAGACGUCCUAACUUAGUAAUAGCGAGCUUAAGCAACAAACACGGCGGUGGUUACGAAAACUUUACUUUACAAAAAGUGAAUAUGAUUUGCUUCAAACUUUAUCGUACUUAUUCCGACCGAACUCUUUCAAUUCGUCAAAUGUUGGCAAAUUUGUUCUGGGUUUUUAUUGUAAAAGACUGUAUCGAAGUUCAGGAAAAGAAAAAGAAAGUCGUUGUCUUGUGUUCACGUUCUCCACAAAACGUGGACUUAGGCCGCAUUUUCACGUCCCAGUCGUGCAGUGACGGCAAAAAAAUGUACAAAAAAAGCGUGAUGCACGUGUAAAGUUGUUUUUUGCCAAUCUAAGCCUAUUAGUAUUGCUUUUUUGCCGUUCUCGUUGCCGUUACUGUCGUCGUCGUCAUUGCUUAAGCUCCCUAUUGUUUAUAAACGUGUUUGCUUUGUAAAGGAGGUUAACAAGGCAACAACUUUCUUUGAAAGGAAGUAGUUGUCUUCUUCACGUCCUUUACGGGACAAGAAAACUAUUUUCUUGUCUUGUUCACGUCCUUUACAAAACCCGUGAAAUUAGGCACUUAAUCACGUCGUUGUUGUUGCAAUGUACAAAAAACCGUGAUGUUCUUCCAAAGUUGUUGUUUUUCCAAUCUAAGGCCCUGUCCACCGUGACACUAAUGUAUUUCAAAAGUGUGCGUUUUCGUUGUCAUCGACGACAACGCGUCGAUUGAUUUGCGUUCACACUAACGUUUUGAUGCGUUUUCGACUGUCCAUAUUAAGAAGUUGGAAAACGAUCGAGUUGCACGUUGAGAUGUUAGUUGAACCAUGUCCUUAUCCUACAAACACCCGCCUGCGAUAUUUUCGGUCAUGCUUUUCAUUUUCAUUUUUCGUCGUCGUUGCUUUAUCCAGUUGUGGGACCAUUUUUUUCAUUCUCUCCUGGAUAGUUUAAGAUUGUGAAGUCAAGAAAAAAAAGUGGGGCAGAAAAUCGCGUACUCGCGCAGUACUUGGUUUAAUUAUUAUUUACUUCAGUUACUUUCGGAGCGUUUCCCGUAACGGGGCUCAGCUGCGCCGCGCUGAUCUUGAAAGAUGAUUAUGACAUGUCAGAUAGGUUUAUGUGCCUAUGUGAACGGUCAUUCAUACGAGCUUUUUUUUUUUUUUUUUUUUUUUUCGUGUCGACGUAAUAAGCUGUCCGGUAUAGUGCAGACAUGGCAUUAGUCUCUGGUCCAAGGAUAACAAGAUUUGAAUUUAUGGGUGAUUGUGCCUAAGCCGUGUCCGUUAACACCUAUUUCAUUUUUUCUUCCUUUAAGAGACUGUAGUUCCACCUUAAUUUACAUUAAAACAUGUCCAGCUAGUGCUAAGAGAAAAUAAUAAGAGACAUAUUAUAAUGAUUAACGGCUAAUGUACGCAAUGAACUGAAGACAAGGCCGGCGACCUUUCGUUUUUGUAGUAUCAUGAAUAAAAUCUCUCAGGUCAACAUCUCGCUGAACUCUUAAUUUCUUUCAUUCGGUACAGAGAACGUCACUAAGUGGUCCAAGAGAUGUUCUGUUGAUUUCAGCGGAAAGAUUCUCCAACGGCGGAGGCACGGCACGUGAAGCAGAGCCUGCUAACCAUGAUUCUUCAUAUUCCCUCACUGAUAAAGAUGGCAGGCCUGCCUCUGGAGUCAGCCCAGCUCAAUAUUAUAAAUAUGGCAUAGAUAAUUCAACUUCUGCAAGGUAAGUGAAAAAAAUUGACUUCGGCUUAUUUGGAUAUUUUAAAUCGCUGAGCAGUGACCUUUGUAACUGUAUAUCUUUAUGGUUGCAUUUUAUUUGUUUUUAUCAGAUGCUUUUUUAUCUAUCUGUUUUUUUAGUUAUUGAUUUACAUUUCUCCAGUUGUCUAUUUAUUCAUUUAUUUAUACAAUCUUUCGAUAGUUUGUUAUAAUAUUUUGGGCACAAUCGUUACUCUAGAGCAAAUCGAGUGAUUCAGGACUCAUUAAUGCCUUUAAAUAGAGAUUAAAAAAACAGCUUUUUUUCUUGUUCCUGAUUCUCCGAUCGUUCAAUGUGAUGUUGUUAAUAACGACGAUGAUCAUAAUUAUCGUAAAAUCUUAUUUACUUCAUCAAAAUAAAUUAAUGUGGUGGUGUUUAUUAAAUUUUUGGUAAACAGUGGGGAACUCGAGUUCGUUAAAGUGACAAAUGACGAGGAAAAUUUGUGACUACAAAAGCUUAAAAAUUGCAUUGAAAAGGCCACAUUGAUUAGUUUAGGUAUCUUUAGAAGAGCAAAAACAUCAGCUGCAUGACAAAGACUCAAAGCUUGGAACUCAAUUCCAAUGUCAUUUUGUCCUCGUGAGCUAUCAUUCAGUUAUACUUUUUAGAUACAUGACUCAAAUUGAGAUCAAUUUGGAAGGAAACCGAGACAAUAGUGGGUAAGACAAAGGUUUGCUUCUCUUUUCACACCAUCACAAGCAAACUGACGUACUAAUCGAAACUUCCUUGUUCAUAACCGGUAAAAAUGGUUUGAGUGGUAUUUUGUAUGAUUUUUUAUUUUAAUUAGCUGGUAACUGGUAGCACAGUGUUUAUGGGGUUUAUCUAUUUGUUUAGGUCCGACCGCAUCAUUUUUCAAACAUGUUUAAAUAUGGCUUAGCUAAACUAGUUUAAAGGACGGUGUUCUCCGAAAGCCAAAUGGUAUUUCGAGUUUACUAGUCUACAAAAGCGAAAAUCAUCGUAAUGUUCGCUUUAUUAUCUCAGGUUUCCGAUCACUUAAGCUAUCGAAAAAGGGUCGAAGAAAGUGCAGUUACUUUUUAACAUUAUUUUAUUUUUGCGAGUCGCGUGUGUCACUGACUGAAAAAUCAUCUUUCUCACAUUAAAACAUGUUUGAAAAAAAGAACUUUGGAGCUACUGAAAGUAGCGCAGUUGUUAUACAUUGCCUCAUUUUAUCUAAUCACUAAUGAACUGACACAUGCACUGAUAUACUAACACAUACCGGUGAAGACUAGGAAAUUGUUGAGUGGAACAUGUCUUUACAGCAUGCUCCCUCUUUAGCACUGAAUGGAACACACCGAAAAUCUAAGGGUGUGUUCCAUGGUCAUUGGGACGAUCAGGAUCAGGAUCGACCAUCCUAGAUCACUCAGAUCAUGGUGCAUCAAAUGAAUCAAUCAGUCCUUUUCCAGGGUGGAUUCAUCGGUUCUUUUGAUUUGAUGCCUAUCCAGAUCUUUCCAAUUGAACACGCACAGAUUCGAUUUACUUUGUCGCCACUUAAUAGGACAUGGAUUCAAACCUGUUGAAUUUCAUGUAAACUGUUUCUGGAGCAGAAUUUUCUCCGUGUAUUGUCUAUCGAGUACUCCCACUUGUCCGGCCUCAACAAUAUUGACUGGAUUGUCUCCAAGUAUGUCCCGGCGUCUUAGUUCGUAAGACGAUCUGAGUCACCUUGUUCCGUCUUUUUUUUUUUUUUUUAUUUUUAUAUAAAUUUCUGUUUUGGUGGGUUGUCAACAGGUCCAAUGAGUUAGUGGAUUAUCUAAAGAAGAAGCUUGAUACCGUGGAUCAAAGCCUAUCUGAUUUGGAAUGCAGUGUUAAGCACUCAGACAAGGAUUCCAUGGACUUGAAAUCCGCUAAGAAUGCUUUGGAUCAGCACAAGGUAAAAAAGCAUCUUUUCUUCCGAUAGCAGUUUAAGAUACCCCCACCCCACCCCCUCCCUUAAUAUUAGGCGAAUUUUGUUUACCUAUUUGACAAAUGAUCUUUUUUGCAGGUGUGAUUGCAAGUUAUGUAAAUUGUACGUCCUCUAUUUAAAGUAACCUAUCAUCAUUCAAUUUUGCAGUUACCAUGCGACAUAUUUUGCAACUUAAUGUCCAAAUAAAGCGUGGCACCUGUAUUUUGCGCAAAAAAGUACGGAAAUCAUGUGUUUUUCACCGAUAUUUAUUUAGUAAUAAAUCCAUUUGAUAGUUAGGUAAUUAGACUACAGUGUAAUGCGUUCUGUGCCCAUUCGCUAUAGAUGUUACUAAGACAGCAUUCACACUUGGUGCCUUGCUACAGUGCACUGAUGUGAACACAACCUUUUUUGAAGUACCUACGCUAGAAUUCGGGCACGGUGCCGGUGCCUAAGUUAAGAUUGAGCCCUUGUACUCAGGCGCAAAGUGAGCACCGCGAACUUGUGUGCACACUGUUUUUGUUACUUUUAAGGCAAUCCACUGCUUUGUACUCGCUGCUAAGCUUACGUCUCAAAAAUGGCGUCUGAGUGGAAUUAACUAUGUACACAGUUAUAUAUCGGGUACCCAGGGUGUGAACACAACACCAUUUUGUACCUGUACCCAGACACUGGUUCCCGGGCACAAAAGAGUGGACAGGCCCGUAGAAGCUGGUUAAUUUUCUUUUUAUCUGAUUCGUAUCUCAGGAGGUACUCAACCAUUUAACGUCAGUAGAAUCCGACACAUAUGAUGUUCAGGAGGAAGGAAAGCAAUUGAUAAAAGACAAGCGCUUUGACAGAGCACAUGGGGAAUACUUUCAUGAUAGAAUUGAAGUAACAGUCAUAAGGAUAACAACUAUUAAGGAAGACAUUAACAGAGAGCAUCAAAGGUAUGCCCCGUGUUCACUGCUUCUUAAGAGCCAAAUUUGUAUCACACGUGUUGUAACCAUCUCUGAUAAUACCGUCGUCGUUUCUUAGAAAUGAGUUCAAUAGUUUUUUUUGUUUUAGCAUAUGACUUCAGUGUCUUCUCUGCAGAUGGAACUUAACUAGGAUAUUAAACAAGUAGCACAAGUUUUGUUCUCCUGUUUUCCAGAUUGUUCGAUCUAUAUCUUAUUUUACUAAGACAACACUUGGAACGGAUGAAUGAUUGGCUGUUGCGAGCUGAGUCUCGAAUAUCAUUGGAUGAUGUGAUAGAACCAACUUAUAAGAGAGUGCAACAGCAAGUCUGGGACCAUCAGGUACAUGAAUGUGUGUUUACUACAUUGGUGGUAAGGGAGAACAUGCAUGAUCGCAGGCCUUCACGUUAUGCUCAAUUAAGACGAAGUACGUGAUAAACAUUCAUUAAGUGACCCAAUUCUCAGACACCUCAAAGUGGCUUGCUCACAACUCACUUGUUUGAAAAUAUAGAAUACAAUGGUCUUCGCAUUAUGCAUGUAGUGCAUAACAGUGAAACGUUUACUUUCACCAGGAUUAAUUGAAUUAUUAACAAUAACAUAUGCCAUUGUCGUCUUAGACUCUUGCUAUUAAAUAUCUGAAAUAUCUCUAAUUAAAAUCUCUCUGUGAAAGGUUUGAACCCAGGAGCCAUUUUAAAAGUAGGUUGAGUUUGAUCGUCCAGGUGAACGUAGUCCUGAAUAGGACUGUUGUUGUUAGGACAGUCGUCUAUUGUUAGUCAAAUUGUUAGUUCUCCAGUCGUUCUCUCGUAGUUAUUGACGAGAUCAAUUCAAGCAAAACUAACUACGAGAGAACGACUGGAGAACGAUGACCAAUAACAUCGCGACGUAAUUGACCAAUCAGAUCUAUAGCCAGAGUAUAAUACGUAUCAACUGACUUUAUACAACUCACUUGUUUCGACAACCUGUGCGGUAGUCAUCUUCAGAGUCAAAGUGAGUUGUGUAAAGUCAGUUGAUGGUAUUAUACUCUGGCUAUUGAUCUGAUUGUUCAAUUACGUCGCGAUGUUAUUGGUCAUCGUUCUCCAGUCGUUCUCUCGUAGUUAGUUUUGCUUGAUCUCGUAAAUAACUACGAGAGAACGACUGGAGAACUGACAAUUUGACUAACAAUAGACGACUGUCCUAACAACAACAGUCCUGUUUAGAACUUCGUUCACCCGGACGAUCAAACUCAACCUACUUUUAAAGUCUCUCUGAUAUUAAUAUAAAUGUCUGUAAUAUUUAACUCACCAGUACAUUUCUAUAAACCUGUAGAGUGUAGUAAAUUCGUUUAUGGAGCUCCAGUUGUACGGUCAAUUAUCUUAGAAAAUUAAAGACGCCGUUGAAACCACAGGGUCCAGAGGAGAUGUGUUUGUCCUUAGAACAUCAAAACCCGUCGAAAACCUCUGAAAAAAUGGGUUAUUUUGAUCGCGUUACGGUUUCGUUACACAUUCUAUAGACCGCAAACCAAGAGACUGAGGGCUCGCAAGAUCGGCUUACAGUAUAAAAUACGGAAAGGGAGGAAACAAAUUUGGGGCCGAUUUUCGAAUCCCUGAAACUCAAAUGGAAUUGAAUGAAAUCGCCUGAUUUUACUAACCUGAUCUAGAAUUCUUAUGUAUUUGCCAAAUACUGUAGGAAAACGGCAUAAGAAAGCGUUCAAAUUCAUUUUCGGCGACCGAAAUUUACGGCUUCUAGAGAGCGCUUUCGUUCGGUGUGCACCGCAACACAUGGUGACGGAAAUGACGUAGUAAAGUAAAUGUGUUCAAGAUCGGAGCAAUAAAAGGGAAGCCUACACGACGUUUGUCUCAUGCCAAAAUGCUGCUCUUUCCAAUAAAGUUUUUUUCCUCUGCUGGGUAGAUUAUGCUCUGGAAGGUUCUACAGCAAAUGUGAUUUUAGCGGGAUCUAGCGGGGAUUUUAGCCGCAUGUUUCACACUGAGAGGUCAUGACACAUAUCGAUUUACUGUGGUUAUUGUUUCUGGUUGGCAGGAUUUGCCCUCUGAUGCAAGCGCAAUUUCUCUGACUUCUUUUGAAGCGUAAAGCUUUUUAUUACAGCUGAACAAGGGUUCCAGUUCUCUCCAAAGUGCCUUCUGGAUCUGAAUAACUAAGCGAUUUUCUCUAGUCCGUGAAUGUAAUGUUUUUCUUCAAUGCUGUAUCACGCUGGGCCCAGCUUGUUAGUUUUGUUUGGAGAAUGUUAAAUUAUUACGGAUAGUGAUUUACGGGUCGUGUGUACUCUUGCAAUAAAAAGUAACACUGAGUAGAGCGGGCGUACAAGGCAACUGUAAUAUCAUCACGACUGUGCCAUUCUUCGGUGGUCCAACUAUAUUACCUCUUGCGUCUUUGGCUGUGCGUUUUGCGACUACUGGGAAGCCUUCGCACAAGCAAAACCUGCUUAAGACAUCGAAGACUGUGGAAACGUACAACAAAUGUCCAGUCUUGAAAGAUCUUCACUUCAAUUAAAACUCUGUUGUUUUCGCAUAGAUCUCUGAGAUCUUUAAAACUCUCUCCGCAGCUGAUGUUUUGAUUCUCGAAUUAGCAGCGGUCUGUUGCUUUUGCGUUUCCGGUCUCAUUCCGACUUCCGUCACCGAGUGCUGCGGUUCACAUAGAACGAAGUCACGCGGUGCAAGUUUCCUCCCUUGUCCUUUCUUUUACUCGGCAUUUCGUGCCUCGGUCGCCCUCCGGGCGACGUGCCGUGUGCCAGCAAGGAUAUGGCUUGCGGUUAUUGAUUUUCAAAAGUCGAUCUGGGUCAGAUAAGAAGCGAAGAAAUCGUUUACAGUAGAUUUAUAAAGAUUCCAUUGGGCUAAUUUAUCGUGCUAAGCGACAGGUAUAGACAUUUUUCAAGGUAAGUAAUUCAUUUAUUCACACGAAACUCCUCUGGACCCUGUGUUGAAACCGGCGAAAUGUCUGUCCCAAAAAAAGGCAAGGAAAUGAUUGAAGAUCAACAGGGGGCCAAUUUUACAAUGUGGUCGUACCUGUCCAUACCAGGAAGCUCUCAGUUUUUUUAAAGUUGUCUGUUAAUAGGGAAUUGACUGUGUCUUGCAGUUAUAUUAUUAUGAGUUGGCUAUAAAAUGGCCGCACGAAUUUCAUGUUUCUCUACUGCUGUUCUGUAGGCGUUUCAAGAAGAACUGUCAAAUUACUCGAUGGCAAACAUGAUACUGGAUAUGGACUUAGAACACCCAGCUUUGGAUGAAACCAUAAGGGACUGGGUCAAGGUAUUUUCAACAUAAAAAAGCUGUAUUGUUGGACCACAACUCCCCCCCCUCCCAUGGGGAGCACUCCCUAUAGUGGCCUAUACCGGAAGGCUCCGCCUGAAAUGAGUACCUUUUUCAGGUUUCAGGUAUAUGAGAGGGGUGAAGUAUAAGGGAAGGGGAUUUUGUAAAUUUGGUCCAUAUAAAGGAAUACCAUAUGCAUUUUACGGCUGUGAAUAACUCGAGUCUAGUCAUAUCUUAAAGAGAGUAAAUUUAAAGCGGUUAUACGGGAUGCAAAGUUUUUAAAAUUAGGUAUGUGAAAGGAGUAUCAUUUGUCAAUAGAAGGUAUACUAAAGGGAUACCUUUUCCGCAAAAAAUGAAGUAUCAAAGGGUAAAAGUUUGGACCUCAGGGCGAAGCCUCCUCUUAUAAAACUUUGUUGAGUACCCGCCAGGUUUGAAAACCUAUUUCACCUCCAGGUUUAUAACUACAGGUACUAAGCGAGCGUUGGGCGGCUGUGUGGAACUGGGCGGAAGAGUGGAAGGAGAAGCUUAACCAGGCUCUUAUUGACUGGGAAAAUUUGCGUGAAGAAGAAGCUGCGUUGCUUUCCUGGCUUUCAAGUAAAGAACAAGCCUUUGAUUUGAUUGGAGAAACAGACAUCACCAAUGAAGAACAAGUUACGAUGCAUUUAAAUCUGCUUGAGGUAAGAGUUAUUAUUUCAUGCCAUUGAUGCCUUUUAAUUCCUAAGGUCAUUUUUCUUUUCGUCUCCUCUUCUUGAGCCGAGUGAAAUACUCUUCGCUUAAAGAACCAAGAAUUGACUAAGGAAAUGUUUAUGAUUUUAAAUAAACUUGGAUGAUGGGGGGACCAUCAAAAAAUUUUAAUGAAAACAGAUUACUUGUGGAAUAAAAAUUAAUUCGAAUGCCUUUGUUCACGCCACGCCAUUAUGAAUAACAAGAGAAUAAUGGUAGAAUUUAUGAAAAGUGGUUCGACUCUUAAAAAGAUGUGGCCAGUUUUCAAGAACGAUUAUCAGCAAUCCUUAAAGAUCAUUCAUUUUCGUAUUUAGAAGUCGUUUCCACAGCCCCAGGUUAUUGUUGGUUUUCGCAUGACGUCACUAAAAUUCAAACUAAAAAACUAUCAAUCCUACCGAGAUUUUACUUUCACGAUGCAUUAGAGCAGCUGAAAACUAAUUUUCAUAGAAUGUUUCGCUUCAAAAGGGUUCUUGGUUUUGUGAUAGAGUACGCUUGAAUUUGUAAGCUUUUGCGUGACGCGGCAUUUACAUAACGGCCAAAAGGGCCGUCAUGUAGGUUAAAAAAAUGACUUAUUUCAGGACAUUUUGCAAUCUAAACAGUUCAUGUAUUAGAAAAAGUAUUACUUUAAUGUUUAUGAGUUUCUCGACGAAUAAAUUCACGCUUUUGAAGCAAAACUCGGUAACAGAUGUUUCUGUUGGUUUCCGUCCGCCAUGUUGGAGCUCAUCCAGGUGAGCACCAGCAUGGCGUCUACACACAAAUCUCUGUAAGUUUGGCUAAAACAUUUCUUCGGAUAUUCCUCUGACCUGAAUCUUGGCGAGGGUCUUUGUAUAUAUACCUCCUUUCAUUUCCCAGAUUCUGGACUUUAUCUAUUGAACGGUUUUGAUUUUUAUGAUUUUGAUCUAUUUUGAAUGGCGUGACACUGAAAACCAGCAAUUGCAUUAUCGGAAAAAAAUAAUUGUUAAAAAUUUUAAGUGCGACGGAACAGUGUCGCCUGAUUUAGGGUUCACUUAACUAGCAUAAGAAAUUGGCGCGUCUAAUGCGUCCCUCGUCACUUUGUCUCUCAGACAACGGAAAAAGAAAUGGAAAGCCACGAGGGGCGAUUGGACUCAUUGCAUGAGACUGGAGAAAAGCUGAUCAAGGACGCUGUGUACCACGAUGCAACGGCUAAGGGGAUCCGUGACCAGGUGAAUGACUUCGGUACUUGCUGGAAGGACAUCACUGAAUCGAUUAAGGAAAGGAAAGCAAUGGUAAGUGAUGUGAUUGGCCAUUAUAAAGUAACCGCGGAAUUAUCCUUUUUGUAAUGCACAUCAUCAUCAUCAACAUCAUCAUCAUCAUCAUCAUCACCACCAUCAUCAUCAUCAUCAUCAUCAUCAUCAUCAUCAUCAUCAUCAUCAUCAUCAACAUCAUCAUCAUAAUCGUUAUCUUCGUCAUCAUUAUCGUCAUGAAGUCGAUCUGGAUCUGCCUUUUACGAACAUCUUCCACGUUUUCUUGUCCAACCGACAGUCGAUGAAUGUUCUUACUACCGUGUGGCACGAAAUUUUUGCGGGAGUUUAUUUUUGAAGAUUGGCGAUUGGCGUGAUUUUUUGUGUUUUGCGGGAACUAAUUUUUGCGAUUUGGACAGACUGGUUUUUCUUACUGGGAACUGAAUUUUUUGCGAAAGAAAGAGAGUCCCGGGCAAGUCAUUGACAAUAUUUUCGUCCGUUUUUAUUGAGUACGUGCAAUGGAAAUACAUAUUUUAAAACAACACUACGUUUUGCGUACCCUGUGAAAAACCCAUAAAAUAGAUAUACGUUCGUUUUUCAUUCCAUUGCAAAAAACGAACAGACAUGACUGCUUUGUUUGUACUGUAUUCUUGUAUUCUUGUGUAGCGAAUUUAAGUUAGAGAAUAUUUACUCUGGAGUAAAUUUUUGGGAAAAAAAUGUUCGCCGUAUUCUUCUUCUUCUUCUUCUUUUUUUUUUUGCGGGAACUUAUUUUUGCGAAGACAUCUACCCUGCUGACUAGGUGUUUCAAACAGUUUCUUUGCUCUCAGCGUUUGGCCUCCACGUUUGGAAAGUCACUCAGCGCUGUGUUUGUUGCGAGUUCGAAUUCUGCGUGACGGUACGUAGAGUCUGUCAUCAACGCCGUAUCGCAUUUGUCUCUGUGAUCGAAGACGCUCCACUGUUGACAAAAACUGUCAAAAUCAACCAAUCAGAGCGUAUACCAGGAUCUGGUAUACCGGAACGCUUCUUACCAGCGUUCCCGCACCUCUCUCCCCAGUCCUCCUCUACUUUUCAUCGCUCUCUUUACUUCGCACCGCUCUCCACAAUCUGAACGCUUGGAACAGGCUACGUACUUGCGGGCGCAAACAGUUACCUACCGAUUCCUCGCGGCCCCUGUUCAAGCAAAUCGAGAUUUUUUUCUGGCGUACUGACUGUAUGUUUCAACUGUAAGUACUUUCCAUAAUAUACGCGCGAGUUACUAGAGUGCCUCCUCGGGAUUUCACCUUCUGGGCGAAAUCCCUGCGGAGGCAAUAAGUCGAAAGCUUAAUCUCGGAACUAUGACUAGAUUGCUGUUUUCAAUUCAGUUUGUUUGUUUGUUUGUUUGUUGUUCGUGAUGAUGCUGUUUUUUUAUUUGUCCGUCCGUUUUUGUUGUUUUUGUCGUUUUGUUCGCUGUUGUUGAAACCACAGGGAGUCCACACAAUCUGUUUGUGUAACCGAUUCUUAUUUUAUACUAAAUGUAUUGGAUUUACCGUUUGCUUCCUCUAUAGCGACAUAUCGCUAAACAUGUAUAUAGAUCAAUGUUAAAUAAGUGUUUUGUUGCCUUACCUUCGGUACCUUGUCGCCCUUUUCAUUCAAAAGAGUUAUUUUGAGCGAUUUGGAAGGAUUUUGAGUUCUCCGUUUACUGUAACUCUGAGGCAAAAGGACGACAAUUAAUGUACCGCAGAACGGUAAUACAACGUUUAUUUAACAUUGACCUGAGUACAUAUUUAGAGUUUUAUCACUUUAGUAUAUGAUGAAGUAAAUGGUAAAUCAAAUACACUUACCUAUAAAAUUACAAUCGGUUACACAAACAUAUUGUGUAGGCCCCCUGUGUUGAAACAUGGACUGUUUUUGUAUUCUAGCUUGAGGAAGCUCAGAACAAAGUGAAAAGAAUGGGAAUUUUAAUGAAGGAAGUCAGAGCUUGGUUGUACGAGGCAGAACAAUGUAUCAAGCUUGCUAGUUUGCAAGAGGAUCCAAAAAAAGAAACCAAAAUACAAGAAAAGAUUGAGGUCAGUAUAAAGUACUAUAAAAUAAGCUGGCAUUAUUUUCAGUUACAAAUUACAACUGCGUCCGGUUUUUUCGUUAAGGUAGAAUGACGCAUUCGAAAAACUAAUUAAUACUUUAUAUAAAAAAAAAAACAAACAAACAAAUUAAAAAUUAAUGUUUAAUGAGUGUCCUUAUAUCUGAUAAUUACACGGCUAAACUUUACGUCCAAUUUCUUAGACAAAAAUAACCCCAAAUCUAAAUCAGUGUUAGUGCAAGAAUGAGUUGAUCGACAUCAGAGAUUUUGAGGCCGUUCAAAAAACUCGCAGUCGUGUAUUAUCUGGUUUAAAAACACUCGGCUUCGCCUCGAGUUUUUAAGCUUGAUCAUACUGCUCGUUUUUUAAACAGUACUACAGAAUAGUAGUACCUUUACCAUGAGGAGAUACAAAUCUUUGUUUUUAGUGGCUUUCCACUUGGCUACUCUAGCUAGAACAGGGACUCCAAUUGAAUAGCCACAAGGAAACAAAAGAAAUUAAACAUAUCGAUAUAAGGUCUACCUAGCCUGCUCCGCAGACGAAACUAAACUUCUGGUUAAGUCCGUCUGCGAAAUAGCGCCAAAAUCCUUGUUCUGGGCCGCCACUCAAAUACCAGCAUUUGAGUACCCGCCAUGACUGGCCUGUUAAAAAUCCCGUUGUCGAUUUGCCGGUCAGGGGAAUUCAAAAUGCAUUUGCAGUAAUUCGUUGAGUCCGAAUAGGCUUUGCUUCUCAGACGUUACUAACCGGAGUUGGAUUACGCUUGGGACGCAGGCUAGGUACACCAUAUAUGUGAACAUUCUUAGCACUUUGAUCUAUGAUUUUAAAUAGCUUUAUUUUUAGUUGCUUAUUUCUCUUAUUAAUACCGCAAAUACUUUUUUUAUUAUCAUCUCUGCAGACUGAAUGCGAAGAAAGAGAAAAAAAUAAGCCUAAGGUUGACGAAGUCAAAAGGCUGGAAGACUUGCUCAGCAAUGAAAUCGACAAAAAGUCAAAUUAUUAUUUGAAAAGAGUCACCAAGCCGUUCCACAAGAGGUGGGAUGACGCUAGUAUGGCCCUUGACAGAUAUCGCAAUGAAGAUUACCCGUUUGCCAAACCCAGCGAUUGCUUCCUGGUCGAACGUCUCAAGAAAGCCCUAAUAGUAAAUUAA